AUGACCCGUCACUCAGGACCCGGAUAUGCUGAAGAUCCAACGCAGUCGGCCUCGGUCGGCGACAACCCAAACAAGAACAGGGAAAUGCACGGCAACUAUGAGCCUACGAAACAUGGUGGCUUGAAGAUGGAUGGUACCCCCGACAAGCGUGUCCUCGAGCGGCACAUGAGCAAGGAAGCCAAGGAGAAGCUGCAUGAAGGCGAGGGUGGAUCCUACGAGACGCGUGGCGAAUAG